UGGAAACACCUGUUGUCAGGGAGGAAAGGUUCCUAGGUGCUUUGUCACUAUAUCCUGUAAUGCAGACUUGCCCCUUGACCCCUCUGUCCUUCCCUGGGCUGAUGCUCAGGUGUGCAGGGACAGUACGUGGUGCUGCGGCUGUAAGGACUCUGCUGCCCCCUGCUGCUCACCUUCAGCACUGCAGGCUCGCGCGCGCGUCGCUACCUGCAGCUCCAGUUACGGCGCGAGACCAGAUUGUUUGAAGCGUUCCUUUCACCAUGACAUGCCACGCUCCUGAUGCAUGUGGCAGCCCCUGCUCUGACUGCUUGGUAGAGGAUGAAGCUGACAGUGAAUUUCUGCGUUUCAAGCCUACUUGCUUCAUGAUCCUUGGAAAACCAGGCAUUGGGAAGUCCACCCUUGCCAGGAAACUUGCCCAAACGUGGGGGUGUGUCCUUAUUGAUGACACAGAGUUGCUCAGCAGUCACAUUCGUGAUGGUACAGAGCAAGGAAAAGAGCUUUCACCAAUCCUGGCUGAAGGAAGGAGCAUUCCAGAGGAGAGGAUGAUGAUGUUAGUUCUGGAAAAGCUCAAAGCACCAGAGGUGGAAAACUAUGGCUACGUUCUGUCAUGCUUACCAUCAAUGUCUGAGGAAUAUCUGAAGAUUCAUGAGCAAAUAGAAUUGAUAAAAAACCAAAAACACCCACCGGACAUCAUCAUCAACAUAAAGUGUGCAGAUAAGGACCUGAUCAACCGCCUUGCAGGCCAGAAGCAGCAUCCUAACGGGCAGCAGUGGGACCCUGUGAAAAAGGUGUCACCUAGGAGCGAAGCAGAGGCAAAAGGUGAGGAAGAGGAGGAAGAGGAGGACGAGCAGGCGGUGCAGAAGGCGAAGGAAGAGAAGGACAAGAUCAGUCACUUGGUGAGGGUAAAAGAGAAUUACCCAGAAGAGGCCCAUCGCAGGAUUCGCCUUUAUAAAGAUACCAUGCUCAUGCCUUUGGAGGACUUCAUGGCGUCUCACGACCCCCAGUAUUUAUUUGAGCUUGAUGGAAACAAGGAUCCAGAAGAGAUUUUUGGGUGUCUUAUAACCCGCCUAGACUCCAUAGCUGUGAGGAGAGCAGCUGUACCUGUGCGCUUGCUGAGCACAGAUGAGGAGGACCUGCCUGAGGAGAUGGACACUGAGGAGUUGUUGAACAUGCUUUCCUCCAGCAAGACCAUAGCACCAGGCUUCCAGUGGCAAAGGAGUCGCUGGGGCUGCACUUGCCCUGUUGCCCUCAAAGAAGGCAAAAUUGUCAAAGGCAAACCUGAAUUUUCUGUCAGCUUCCUGAAUAAAAUCUAUGUCCUGUCCUCUCAAGAGGCUCUGCAGAAGUUCAUGGUGAAGCCAAGAUGGUACCUGCUGCCCCCCAUGCCACGCUCACCCUGCAGAGUGUCUGUGAUUGGGCCACCACAGUCAGGAAAGAGCACUCUGAGUGCGCUCUUGGCUGAGCAUUACGGUGCAGUUGUGAUAGACAUGAAGAAGCUGGUGGAGGUGGUCAUGGACAAAAUCAGGCAAGAAAAGCUGGAGAAAGCACGUCAGGAUGCAACGACUUCAGCCCUGGAAAAGGUCAAGGCCUGGAUGCACAAGGAUAAUGUAUAUGAGUCUGAAAUGGAGGUGACAGAGGAUCACCCGGACAUUCAAGCUCUAGUGGAAGAAGCCAUGAAAGAAGCAGAAAAGAUGUCAAUAGAGCAACCAGAUGAUAUGUGUGCAGAGGUCGUGGAGAAAUGGAUCAGAGAGAUUCAGGCAGAAGAUGCCGAUGCUGAGUUUAAAAGGGGCUGGGUGCUCGACAACUAUCCCACCACCAAAGCUCAGCUGGCAGCCAUUCAGGAGCUGCGUCCUGACCUCAUGCCUGAUGUGGUGUUUUGUCUCAGAGACAGUGAGGGAGAAGGACAGACAGUUCUGAGAAGGAUUUAUGAACAGAACAAGGAGGAGGUGGAUGCAGUUGUACUAGCUCAGCUACAGGAGCAGAGACAGAAAGCAGCGGAAAGUCAAAACACUCAGCAGCAGGUGCUGGACUCGGAAGAGGACCCCGAGACCGGCAAUGUUCUUUCCACACUGGAGCUGGUGCCUGAGGAGCCUGAUGUUACUGAGGUGAUGUUGCCUAGUACAUGGGAACAGGGCUUUCCUCCUGGCCCAGCGAUGGAAAUGUACCAGCUGCAGCUACAGAAGUUUAUACAGGACUGGAACAGCAUGGAGUCUGCCAUCACCUGCAGCCAUGUUAUACUGGAGAUUGCCAACCAAACCCCUCAGCUUCUGCUCCAGGAGAUGAUUGACCAAAUGGAGCGACCAUUUAAGUACAAGGCCCAAGAGAUGUCCAGCAUGGAGCCGGAUAAAGAGGAGGAGGAUGUGCAGAAGGAUGAAGAUGAAGCAGAGGAAAGCAGCAAUAAAAGGUGGCUUGGGGAAACUGACAAGUACUGCCCAGUUGUGCUGAGGGAGAAGGGCACUUUGGUGACCUGCACAAAUGACAUUGCUGCAAAAUACAGAGAGAAGGUCUACUACUUUUCCAGCAGCACAGCAUGGGAGAAGUUCAUGCAGACACCAGAGCUCUAUGCCCCAACUACUCAGCUACUUAAACCUCCUGCCCUGCGUAUUUUCCUGCUCGGAGUGCGUGGUUCAGGAAAAACCACCCACGGCCACUGGCUGGCGCAGCAGCUGGGUCUCUUUCAUUUACAGUUCCGUGAACGGCUGCAAGAGCUGAUUCUGGCCAAGACUCAGACCCGCGUGCCCUACGCUGAUGACGUAGAGCCGCCUGAAGAGCCACCCAGUGAGCUGCAGAGUCUGCUGCAGGCAGGUCCCCAAUCCACAGCUUCUCCUGUCGAGCCAGAGGAUGAGUUGAGCCAACAGGAAAUCCUUACCAAUGAUAAAGACCACACAGAGGAGACUCCAGCACUGACAGAUGAAGAGGAACUCAUAAAGUCAUAUCUAUCUGAUGGACAGCCAUUGCCACACAAUAUCCUAGAGAAGGUUCUGCUGCAGUUCUGGCAUCAAGAGCCGUACAAAUCAACAGGCUUUAUUCUCGAAGGUUUUCCUCAGCAUUCAGAGGAGGUGUCCUUUCUUUUGGAGCACCACUUAUACCCAGAUACCGCUUUAGUUAUGUCUGUAGAGGUGUCAGAAGUGGUGAAGUGUCUGCUGCCCCCACGGCUUGACAGAUGGAGGGAGAGAUGCACACGAAGGAGAGGGCAGAUGCAGUUACUUAAAGAGCUACGCAGCAAAAUUAGGGAGGAGGCCAUUGCCCAAAGAAGAGCUGAACUUUUGUCCGAAUACGCACCCAAAACACCCAGAGAAAAGGAUGAUGAAGAAGAGGAGGUGCAGGAAGAUGAAGGAGAUGAAGAGCAGCUGAACUGGGAGCAAGAGCUGGAAGACAGGCUGCUGGAGGAGUUUCCCCAGGAGGAGGAAGAGGACGGAGAGGAAGAAGAGUCCGAGGCCAGUGCAAAGGAUCGGAUAGGAGCAGAGAUCAGUGAGAGGUUUGACAAGGAUGACAGCAGCCUCACCAUGAUAAUGGAGCUUCUGGCUGAACACCGGAUUCCUCACCUGACAGUCAAUGCUGGCCGGAAGCCUCACAUUGUGCGCUCCCAGCUACUAAACCAAUUCAAGCCCCUGGUGGAGAACAGGGAAGCUCUAUUUCAAAGGUGUCAUCCCAUCAGCUAUGCCAUUGCUCAGAAACUCCUGCACUGCUCUUACAAGUACUACAGUGCCUUUGGGUGUUGGGAUCCUAUCCGGUAUGCAGAGGGAGAUCUGAUCCAGCAUAUGCAGGACCCCCUUAAUACUAGCUUCCCUGUCCUCUUCCACAACUUCAUUUACUUCUUUGCCUCCGAGGAGACACGCAACACCUUCAUGAUCAACCCUAUCAAAUACCUCCGUCAGCCCAAGCCCAACCCGUCCCUGCCCAUCAAACUUGCCAUCAUUGGUAGUCCAAAAUCUGGAAAAACCUCAGUUGCUCGCAUGUUUGCCCGUGAAUAUGGACUGGCACACUUAUCCAUCGGCGGCGUAAUGCGGACAGUGCUCAGUGUCCAGGACAAGACAGAGCUCGCUGCGGAGAUGCUGAAGUACCUGAGCCAGGGCUUGACUGUGCCUGAUGAACUGGCUGUUCAGUGCCUAGAAGUGGUCUUGCUGAACUUAGUCUGCAGCACACGAGGGUAUGUGCUGGAUGGAUUUCCCAUGACCAAAAGACAGGCUGACCUGAUGGCAGCUCGCCGCAUUAUUCCUAUUCUCGUGAUCGAGCUGCAGCUAGACACAGAUGAAAUGCUGAGGAGAGGCAUGAAAGAUAAGAUGAAACCAAACAGGCCAUACCCGAUGCACGACAGCACUCAGUUCCUGGACAUCCGGAUUUCGUGCUUUAAGCGUGAAGUGGAGGCGCUCAGGAAACACUUCCAUCAGCAGUACCAAAACUGGGUUCCAGUUGAUGCACACAAAAGCAGUUGGUGGGUAUGGCAUCGGGUUCUGGAUGAAGCCCAGAUCAGUAUGCGGCACAUCCACAAAUACCUGAAGAGAAUUCGUAAAGGCCAGGCUGCCAGCAUACAGCGUCUGUGUAUUACUCCGUGUGAGCUUCAGUCUCGGCUGGGCGAGUUCAGCCAUUAUUGUCCUGUGAGCUUGGCUCUCCAUAAACACUUGGUUGACUGCUCCCUUGACACUUCCCUGGAGUUGGCUGCAGAGUUCAGGAGACGCUACUACAAAAUGGCAUCCAGGGAGUAUCUUGAGAAGUUUCUUGAGGCACCAGAGCAGUUUGUGGCUCCAAAUUGCCCUCAUAAGUUGCCCCCUGCGCAGCUUCUUCCCCGUAAGCUGAGUGCAGGCCAGGUGAAGAGUCGCUUCCCUCAGCAGGUGGAGCUAAAAGGCUACUGUCCAGUCACAUACCUAGAAGGCCAGCAGAGGUAUGAGGCUCUGGUUCGUGGCAGCGUGAACUUUGCAGUGGAAUACCAGGAGAAGAUCUACAUUUUUGAGACAGAAGAGAAACAACACAAGUUUCUACGAUCACCUGAGACUUACUGCAACCAGAAACUCCCUCAUAAACUUCCACCAAUGGGAGACCCGAUACAACUGACCUCUUUGCCGAUACUGGGUUAUUUGGAACAGGGAGUAGCCAAAGCCAUCAUUAAAGGCAUGACAGAGUUGGGCAACAUCAAGCCGAAGUUCCCGUACCUCAGCAUGAAGAGAUCUGCUAUAUACUACCUGGUCUUACAUCUUAAAGCAUAUAACAGCACAUCGACCUACACUCAGAAGAAGUACAAGAAGAAGCUGGUUCAGUAUGAGGAUGACUGUAAACUCAUCUCCUACCUGAGUUCCACUUUGACCCAGAAGUACAAGCCCCCUCAUGAACUUCCCAUAGAUUUUAAACAUAAGCUUCACAGGUUUCUUGCCUUGAAGGACUCCACUAAAACUGCAUCAGGACUGAUGCAGCUUGGAGGGAAUUAAUAUGACAUCUGAAAUUAAUAUAGAGUGGAAAAGCUCAUUCCAGUUUAAUGUGCAACUUAUUCAACUCAAAACCUUGAAAUAGACAAGUGACAGUAAAAUAUUAAAAAUAAAAUUAGUUAAUAUAUUCACACCAUGUGUGCUUUUGUUGGUAACAUAUUGUAUGUGUGGUGGCCAAAUUUUGACAUUUUCUACUGAGUUCAUCUCUUUUGCAUGCAUCUCAGUCACAAGCAGAAUUUUAACAUCUGCUGACUGCAAAAAGUGAAAAUUGCAUUUCCACUGAAAAACAUUGUGGAUACCUCAAAAUUUAUAACCUUAUCUACUUAAAGAAAAACAUUACUGCUACAUUUUUCCCAGGUCAGGUGACCAAAGUAAAAGAACUAGAGCCUCGUCAUCAUCUCUUUACUCAACUGAGCUCUUGUUCAUGCUAACAUCAGUGGGGAAAUCGCAACUUAAUUCACUCAGUUUUGUUGGUUAAAUUUCUUGUUAUCAGUGUAUUUUAUUAGGUCAUUUCAACUUUUAAAAAUUUUGUCCACUGUCAUUUGUACAGUGUGUAAGCACUCUUCUCAGUUUUAUUUGUGAGAAGUGUAAAAGUCCUCAUGCAGCCAUUGGGUCAAAUUGAUCUGUUUAACAUUUUUAAUAAAAGAAAAAAUAUAGAACAAAUAAGUUUUUCCAACUGAAACUCGGUGGCUUUGGCUUAUUUUCUGUGAGGAACGUGUACAAGAAAAAAAAUCCUCAUGUCAACUUGAGCCGAGAGUAAUGAAGGAUUGAAAAGAAUAAUUAAAAACAGACAGGUCAUGAUAAAAAAUGAAACUAAAACAUGAGUUUAUGUCAAAGACACAAGGUACGGCACUUGUGACUCCUCAUAUUCAGAAGAGAGAAUAAGUCCUAAGGUUCUGAGCAUCUGCAGCCAAAGGACACUACAACACCUUCUACACUGGAGGAAGUACAUUUGUAAUGCACACUGUAAGAUUGUGUUCAUGUGCUGUGUUUUUCCAGUACUCAAGUUUAUUAUUCUAGUUCAUCUGGUGUAGACAUGAAAGCCACGCACACUGUUCUGUUAUUAAACACAAUAGUUAUCAGUAGUCAUGACAACCUUGUUUCACUUACAUUUUACAUGAAAAACAUGAUUUAUGUUAUCAAUGUGUUGAUUACAUUGAUUCAUUACUUACAUCACACAUAGUAGAGGUAAAUAGAGACCAUAUUGUGUAAUUUUUGUCAUGGGAGCAAAGAGUGAGGGCUGCACGAGGGGCAGGCAGAGACAGCGAACCCCUAAAUCCGGCACCAGAGCCCUCACAGUGGGGCAAAUGAGUGAUAAUUCAGUGGCAUAGUCGCAAAGACAAAGCUAACACUAAGGUUAGGGAGCACCACUCAUUCUCAUUCACCAGCCAAACUGGUUUCCUCUCCUCAGUGAAGCAGCUACUGAGAAGCCUGU